AUGAACUCCCUGCCAUCUGAGCCGGAUACUACGACAACUGCGAACGCUCGGCCGCUAUGCAGCAUCUGUAAUCAUAAAUUCUCGAUAUAUACUUGCCCUAGAUGUUCUACGCGUACAUGUUCAUUGCCCUGCUCGACAAAACACAAGACGAACGCAGGCUGCACCGGCGAGCGCAACAAAGCAGCAUACGUACCGAUGAACAAGUACGGAUGGGGCACCAUGAUGAAUGACUUCGUGUUCUUGGAGGAUCUGGGGCGCAAGGUCAGCGAUUGGGGGAAGGAAAUCGUCAAGGGCGGACUUGAUCAUGGUGCGAAUCCUGGUGGAAGAGGUAGAGGCAGGGGGAUACUGACUCAAGGAAGGGGGCGUGGUGGCAUGGCCCGUGGAGGACCAAGCAGAACGAAGAGAGAUAUUCUGAAGAUCCAACUUGACAUACGAGAUAUUGACAUGGAACUCCUUCCAAACGGUAUGGAAAAGCGAAAGCUAAAUCAAUCAAUAUGGGACUUCAAAAAACAAACAGCCUUCUUGACGAUUGAAUUUAAAGUCCAUCCUCCUCGAGAUCCAGCAGCGCCUUCAGCACAACCGUUAGAUCCCCCAAUAAAGCUCCUCACACAUCGCAACAGUAUAGAUACGCCUAUCCUUCCCCUCCUGCAAGCCUAUGCCACGCAACGGUCGAAAUCAAAGCAUCCUUGCCCAGCAUGGGUGUCCACUUUGUUAUUCCCAGAUCCCGAUGACCCAGACUCCUUUCAUCCCCCCGAAUUCGUCAUGCGUGCGCAGAUGGACCCAGAAUAUCUGGCAAGAAACCGCGGAAAUGUCGAGGCAGGCUAUUACAAGUUGGAGCACUCUGAGCCGCUGCUCAAUGCUUUGCGGGGGACCCAUUUCGUCGAGUUUCCGAUUGUGGAGGUUUGGGAGAAAUUCCACGGUACGAUCGUCACUCCGGAGGGCGACGUGACGAAGGGAGAGGGAGAGAGCAGACCAAAGCGCAGACGGGUCAACGCGAGAGCUGGUAAAAAGGCGAUGGACAGUUUACUCGGCGGGUACGGGAGUGAAAGCGAUAACGACGUUGACGGGCCAGCGCAGAAUCUCCUGAACGCGCUCGGGGGGUACGAUGGGAGCGAAGACGAGGGCGCUCAGCUGGAGGUCGACGGGGAGAUAGACGAGGGAAUGGAUAUAGACGCGGCUGCGGUACUUGAGCUGAUCAAGCAGGCUCGAAGGGAAAACUCUACGAGAACAGACAGUGAUGAUGAUAACGUCGAUUGGGGUGAUUCUGACGAUGAGGCUGAAAUAUAA